GACGAACGUCAUUGUGAAGUAUACGUAAUGGUUGUCCGAGCGUUACCUAACUCAGUUGCGUAAGGAAUUACAUUACGUAACUGUUGAUGAAAUGUGAGACGUUCCAAACCUUGCGCGUCAUUAGAACAAAUUGAUAAACACAACACUUUACGAACUAAUCAUUAUCUUAUUUUCAUGAUAGGUACCGUUUAUCUAUAUACAGGUACUUAGCCCGCUUUUGAAGAAGUAUAAAUAACCGCAUCACUUUGGAAGAGGCGUCGUAGUUUCUCGCCAGUCAUCAUCAACAUGCACAUCAAGAUUUUGUUAGUUGGCCUUUCCCUGUGCUUCGUUGUUUCGGCAUAUUUAAGAAAGUGCGCCACCUGCAGCGGUGCCAAGGGCAACGACUGUAUAACAUGUAGGAAUGGUUAUGAUAAGGCGUGCUCUGCUCCAUAUGACCAACCUCACUCCAGCUGUGUGAAAUAUGUCGAUACAACGAGUAACUAUACUGUAAGGAGAUGCGCAUACAGAGCAAGUUAUUAUACCAAUCCGUGCGACAGCAUACCUAACUCUAAAGACUGUUCUUCUUGCGACAGUCGCAGUUUCUGCAACGACGAACAAGAUUGGGAACCGAAGUGCCCGGGAGAGUAGUGUGCGACAAAACAGCAUGUCAUAGUGUAGUUUACGAUAUCCUAGUUCGAUUUUGAAAUUAAGACUUGUACCACAAUUGUAUUUUAUAUCCUGUUCUAUAAUAAAGUCUUGACCACCACUU